AUUUGAAGGCAUUGCCUGUCACGUACGUCCUUUAAAUGGUGUUUAUUCUCGACCGUUCUUUCAAGGCUUUCCACAACAAUCCUGAGCCACUCUUCUAAUGCAUGCUGAAUUGGUGGCGAAUCGGCCCAUGUGCCAUUCCGCUUACUUUGAAGAUCUCAGAUUACCAAGGAUUUGUCCCACCCGAAAAAGCGAACCUGGUUCUGCACGACUCCCGCGGCUGAAGGAAUUGCCAAACGCGACAUGGCCAACAGUGUCAGGUGUUUCUUGUAGACGGAUUACCUGCUGCCCUCCGUCCCCAACACCACACAGUCGCUGCUCCCCGCGGCCAAGGCAGGCCAUCAUGUACACUCGCCACAACACCAUCCGGAAUUGUCCGCCCGCUAGACUAAGAGAGCCUCUUCAACUCAAUGCCGCAGAUUACCCUGAUUUACGGAUCCCGUCUCAAAGAGAACCUCCAGUUGUUAAGGCGCAGCAUCAAGCCCUAGCCCAGAAGCCACACACAACAAGAGCGCCAUGGAGCAUUGCCCCGCACAAAUCUCCACACAAGAGACAUAGACUACGUGUAAAAUUGGAGACGGUACACUGUGCUUUGCUCUCUCGACAGCAAAGUUUAGAGGCGACAGCAAAGGUUAGAGGCGCCAUCAACGAUCUAUUCUGUCUGCAGGCAAAUGUGUUACUGCAAUUCUCAUUUGAAAGCUACCGAACUACUGGAGGACAAUACGUUACUGCAACGACGCCAACUGAACAAAUUUGCAUUUGCGACACAUCGACAAAACCCGGGACACUCAGGUACAACUGUCCUACACAUGCGUCUAGAUAGGCUGUUGAUCAUUAGGUGUAUUUCACUCAUGUAUAAAGGUUCUUGUAGUGCUGAAUAGCCAAUUCAGUAGUUAGAAAUAUUUAAAUGCCAG